CCGAAGCAAGAGGCAGGCUAAAAUAUUGCAGUCUGAACUGCUGAAUAAAAACCACUCUAUUAUAAAACCCGGCAAGAAGUAUUUUAAAAAUGUGAAUGUUUUUAAUGAACUUGGCUGACUGUAAAUAUAAUAUAGCGCUUGCACCUUGAAACCAACAGAUGGUGGAACUUACAAAGUCUGAGACGGAAAUUGUAAAGUAAAUAUUAAAAGGAACAAUCAACUUCAAUUACUAAUCUGCACCUCUUAAGUAGAAAUACUGAACACGUUUUGUUAAAAUGCUCGAAACCUUGUGUUGAUUAUCAUUUUGUCGUGAGGACACUACAGCCUGAAUUAUUUAAAUUCAAACCAGGGAGUAAUUGGCACAGGAAUAUUCUUCAGUGAUCAAUUUAUAGGCCUACGAAUUUUUAGCACAGUGGGUCUAAGAGGUUUCUAUUUAGUACAAGGAAUUUUCUCAUCCAAAUGCUGUUUUGCAUUAUUAUUCCACCCAAAGAGUUCUGAUGAGAUCAACCGCCGUUGAUAUAAUUUGUGGGAUUACUAAGAUUGCAUAAGCUGGCGUAUAAUACGAAAGGUAUGAAAUACGCAACAUCUUUUGCUGUCAUCAUUAUUGCUGGCAUAGGCACAAUAUUAUUAACGAAUACGCUAUAUCAAAACAGUUUUUCUGCAAACAGUAUCGUCGACCGCUUUCCUCAACCUCCUCAUAAAAUUGCUCGCAUGCGUACAUUAGUCAACAAAAAAUAUGAAAUUAAUAAUACUGGUGAAUAUAUUCUGUCAACACCCAGGAAAUCUGACUUCCGUCCUGUCACUCUUGACGCCAAUUCCAGCACUGAAAAGCAGAUGAACUCAAAGGUUUACAAAGGGAUCCAUAUACUGGCCACUGGAAGAUCAGGUUCAUCAUUUCUAGGGAAAAUUUUAGCGAAUAGUGAACGAGUGUUUUAUCUGUAUGAACCAGGACGUCUGAUCGAUUUGUAUAGGCCUAGUAAUGAAUCAGCAAUUACAAAGAGCACAAAACAGCUUCAGCGAUAUGGACACAUAAUCAAUUCCUUGUAUCAUUGUCGAUUCGAAAAUAUGGAACCCUAUCUAAACUCCAUGAGGCAGCGUGUAAAUUACCGUCAACAAUUAUGUGAUAUCCAAUCGCUUUUGGGUCAUCCAUGCGAUAACGACAAAGACCCAUCAGGUAUAUCACCCAAAUUGUACAAUACGAUUGAGACUAAACUAACAGGCCUACACGAACAAUGUGAAAAUAAAGAGUUCAUUGUAAUCAAAUCUAUUCGAAUUUUUGACAUAUUGAAUCUGUCACAAUUGUUUAACGAUAGCGAAAUAGAUUUUAAAAUAUUGCAUCUCAUUCGUGAUCCAAGAGGAAUGACUUUGUCAAAACUAAAGGCUUGGGCUCCCGAUGUCAUUAAAAAGAUGAAAGCAGAAGACAGAUCUGUCUUUGAUGUUCAGGAUUUACCUUCUGACUGGUAUUCUGGUUUAGAUGAUUGGUGUAAAGCUUGGAUAAAAGAUGCAAGUAUUGGGCAACAGAUGGUAUCAAAAUACAUGGCAGUAAGGUACGAAGAUAUAUCAAUGAUGCCAUUGAUGACAACAAGAGAAAUAUACGACAGACUUGGUUUAGGUGAGGUUUCAGAACACGUUGUAAACUGGUUAAAUGAACAUACAAAGGAAUCAAGGGGUGACGAGUACUCGGUCUCUCGAAACUCAAUGUUAAACGCAGAGAAUUGGCGUCGAGAUAUGACGUAUAUGCUUGCAAAGCAAAUUCAAGAUAUGGAAAAUUGUGGCAAGUUUCUAGAUACAUUUGGUUAUAUUAAAGUAAAACGUCCCCAGGAUCUUACAAACUCAAGUUUGUCGCUAAGUGGACAGAAGCAUUAAUUCUUAAGAACAUGAUACUUCAUUCAUUUAUAGACAUAUUAUCCUAUCAUUGUUAUCAUAUCAUGAACAUCAUUAUCAUACUACCACCAUCAUCAUAACCACCGUGUCAUUAGUGGCAGCAGUGGACUAGCAGCAGUAAUAAUAGUAUGUAGUACUAAGGAGUAUAAAUGGGAACCUGGUGGGGUUACUUGCUCCUGAGCCGAUUACCAGCAGCAACACUUAGCAUGUGGACCCAAUGACCAGGGAAGAAGAACUUCAGCGCUUCGUAACUGAAAAGAAAAGCGCUAUACAACUAACAAGUAACAAGGUAACAAGGUAUAUAUUGCUAUUUUUCAGGAGACAAUACAUUAUAAAUUUAUAAAUUGCAAAGUAAUAACAAUUCAAUUAAAUAAUUAAUUUCAACGAUGACUUGAUAUCUGAAUUUAGAAAAGGCGAAAAAAAUGCUGGGCUAUAGGCCUAAUCGAACAAUAGUUUAAGGCAUAUCAUGGCCGUAGGGAGCUGUCCGGUUGGUCCAGUUUUGGCCGACACCAACAAUUCACCAAUCGAAAUCAUUUGUAUGCCAAAAUUGUCCUUUUGUCCUGGCAUACAAGCGAUAUUGAUUGGUUAAUUAUUUGAGAAACUUGCAUUAAUUUGGACAGACCUGACGUGUCUUUGGGUGGUUUCGGGGUUUGGUCUCCAAUUAGAUGGUUAGCAUUAGGCUAUGUUAAAAAAUUGAUCAUUUUUAUUUGGUUCUAAUAAUCUGAAAAAAGUUUUCUCGAAUUAGAGGGUGCACUUUAUAUACAUACAAUUUUACCUAAAGAUAUAACGGACAAUAAAGAAAUUUUAGAACAUCAAUAUAUUUU